UUACAAAAAGCAAAAUAGCUACUGCUGCUUCAAAUGGUUCAAUUGUUAUUUGGGAUAUAGAAAAUGGUAGAUCAAAGAUUGAUCAAAAAAUCGAUGAUCAUAAACGUGCUGUUAAUAGAAUAUGUUUUAGUCCAUUGCAAGGUUCGUCAUUGUUAAGUGCCUCACAAGAUUGUACUAUGAAAUUGUGGGAUCUUAGAGAUUUAGAACGGGCAAUGAAUACAUUUCAAGGAAGAUGCGAAGGUGUUCGUGAUGUGCAAUUCAAUUCAAUGAACCAAUAUGAAUUUGCUGCUGCAUUUGAUAAUGGAACAAUUCAGAAAUGGGAUAUUAGGAAACCAGUAGUUCACCUAAGAAAAUACAAUGCACAUAUUGGAUCAGUAUUGUCUAUUGAUUGGAGUUUUGAUGGUAGAAUCAUUGCUAGCGGAGGGCGUGAUAAAAUCAUCAGAAUAUGGGAUAUGAAUUCAGAAAGUAGAAAGCCAAAAGAUACAAUCUAUACCAUGUCAGGUAUAUCUUAUAUUAGAUGGAGACCAAACUAUCCAAAUGAGAUUGCAUCAUGUUCGUCAUUGACUGAUGUAAGAGUAUUUGUUUGGAAUGUUAAAAGACCUUACAUCGCAAGUUGUUUCUUUGAGACACAUGAAGAAGUUCCAACGGGAAUUUUAUGGCAUGAUCCUGAUGUGCUGUGGUCUUGCUCAAAGGAUAAAUAUUUUAUACAGCAAUAUAUCAAAGGAUCACGUCGACCUUUAGAUUUAUUAAGUAAAUGCGGAAUUGGCUGGAGUGUCUAUGAUCAACUAGCAUUUACUGUAGAUAAAUCCAACAAUAAUAAUGAUAUAAUUGAUGAUCACAGAAAUAUUAGGCAGCCUUUGAAUAAUCAAAUUAAAAAAAUGCAAAGACGUAUAUCUCCUGGAGCAAUAGAUUCAUCAAAUGAGGGUUAUUACAAAUUACAACAAAAAACUGGAAUGGCACAUUUUAAAGCGUUUGAUUAUAGAGCAUUUUCAUAUCUUGCAGGGAAUUAUAUGAUUUCUAGUCAAAACAUUUGGGAAGCUUGUGAACAUAAUGCAAAAAUUGCACACGUUGGAUUUAAUAAUCGAGCUGGUUUUAAUAACGGAGCUGGUUUUAAUAAUAAUAAUAAUGAAGCUGGUUUUAAUAACGGAGCCGGAUUAAGAAACGAUAAUAACGUUGUAUGCUUCAUUAAUUCGAUCCUUCAAGUCCUCGUACAUCUUCCCAAUGCAGAAAGGCAUUUAGAAUCUACCGGCAACCAUCAAUGUUAUUGUAGUCCUGUAUGUAUUUUCAAUGAAUUAAAACGGUUGCGUAUUAAACUUAUGGAAUCACGGCAACCAGUUUAUGCUGGCCCAUUCAUCACCUAUCUUACAGAUAUCGAACCAUUCGCCGAGGUAAACGAGCAAAAUGAUGCUUUCUUAUAUUUGUGUGGCAUUCUUCAAAAGGUGGGCGAAUGUGUCAAUGAGAACAUGAUCGCACAACAUAUGUAUUAUGAUUUCUGGACAACUCUACAAAAGAAGAUAACUUGUCAAAAUUGUAAGAGAGAGACUUUGUCGACAGAAAGCGUUGUUACGAUCUCUGCAGCAACGAAAAAUUCAAUAGAAGAGUGCUUUGAUGAGUAUUGUGAAUCCGCCGAAUUACCUGGUUUCAAGUGCUCGUGCAAUAAGUUUACUUGCAACCAAGAAUUUACGAUAAAAGAAGAGCCAAAUACUCUUAUAGUACAAUUGAAAAGAUUCGGUUUCUCCAGCUCCACGAAGCAAGGAUACAAGAUUUCAAAACGUGUGGAAUUUGGAGAGGGUAAAAAUGUUCGUUAUAAUCUUAGCGCUGUCUUGGUUCAUGAAGGUGGUACCCUUCGUAAAGGACAUUAUUAUUCAUAUAUCAAAAAUAGAAACAAUGAAUGGUAUUUAUAUAAUGAUAGAUAUGUUCAACGAGUUCCAAUCAAUUCUGUACUCGAGUGUAAGCCCUACGUCCUAUUUUACACAAAAAUAACACCUACAUUCCCCGCAUCUACACCAUCAUCAACGUCUAAAAUUAAUGAUAAACGUGAUAGAGACGAAAAGACUAACCUUUAUGAGUCUAACGAAAGGAUUAAAACCAAAUCAACAUCAUCAACAUCUAGCACUAACGAUAAACGUGAUAAAGACGAAAAGACUGACCUUUAUGAGUCUAACGAAAGGAUUAAAACCAAAUCACCACCACCAACGUCUAAAAUUAACGAUAAACGUGAUAAAGACGAAAAAACCGACCUUUACGAGUCUAACGAGAUGACUAAAACCAAAUCACCAUCAUCAACGUCUAAAAUUAACGAUAAACGUGACAAAUAUGAAAAGACAACCCUUUAUGAUUCUAACAAGAUGAUUAAAACCAAAUCACCAUCAUCAACGCCUAAAAUUAACGAUAAACAUGAUAGAGACGAAAAAACUGACCUUUACGAGUCUAACGAGAUGAUUAAAACCAAAUCACCAUCAUCAGCGUCUAAAAUUAACGAUAAACGUUAUAAAUAUGAAAAGACAAACCUUUAUGAUUCUAGCGAGAUGAUUAAAACCAAAUCACCACCACCAACGUCUAAAAUUAACGAUAAACGUGAUAGAGACGAAAAGACAACCCUUUACGAUUCUAGCGAGAAGAUUAAAACCAAAUCACCAUCAUCAACGUCUAAAAUCAACGAUAAACGUGAUAAAUACGAAAAGACUGACCUUUAUGA